GAUAGCUAUAAUAAUAUGCUAUUUAUGCUGCCCGUCCCGUCUCCGAUCAAAUAGUUCCCAUUUUGUUCUCCUAAAACGCGAACCCUAACCCCCCCAAUCUUCCAUCCGAAGUGAAACAAAACCGUUCCUUUGAUUCGUCAGUUGACAUGGCUACGGGCGAUCUUCUCAGCAUCCAUCCUUCAGAACUCAAAUUCCCAUUCGAAUUGAGGAAGCAGAGUUCUUGUUCUAUGCAACUGACCAACAAGUCCGAUAAUUAUGUGGCUUUUAAGGUUAAGACAACAAAUCCGAAAAAGUACUGUGUCCGGCCCAACAGUGGCAUUGUUUUGCCUGGCAGCACUUGCAAUGUUACUGUUACAAUGCAAGCACAAAAGGAAGCACCUCCAGAUAUGCAGUGCAAGGACAAGUUUUUGCUUCAAAGUGUUGCUGCUCCCGAUGGUGUGACAACAAAAGACAUUACACCAGAAUUGGCAUUUAUUGCUUUGCAGUUCGAUAAAGCGGAUGGCAAGGUGGUAGAGGAGGUCAAGUUGCGUGUUGUUUAUAUCCCGGCUAAUCCUCCUUCACCAGUGCCUGAAGAAUCUGAAGAAGGGUCUCCAUCCAGGUCUUCAAAUGUUGAGAAUGGCAGUCAGGAUGCAGCGUUGCUCAAUGCUGUGUCAAGAUCCUUAGAGGAGCCCAAGGAAAAAUCAGCUGAGGCAUGGUCCAUGAUCUCAAAACUGACUGAAGAGAAAAAUACAGCCCUACAACAAAAUCAGAAGCUACGACAAGAGCUGGAGCUAAUUAGAAAACGAAAUGGCAGCAGCAAUGCGGGUGGCUUCCCUUUAUUGGUGGUUCUGCUGGUUGGUCUGAUAGGUAUCCUAAUUGGCUAUGUGUUCAAGAGAACAUAGCACCUUGACCAAAUGCUAUGUUGAUGAUUUUUAUUUUGGGUUUGUUAGAGAAGUUGUGAUGCUUUUGUUAGUUGGCGAUUGUUGGUGAACUUUGCAAGGGUGUGGCCAACUUUUGUAAGAGCGAGUAAGAUUCUGCUUGUACUAUUGGUGCUGUCCAAUUAUGAUUCUUUCCACACAUCUUAAGUGGGUCUGUGACACUGAUUGAUUUAGAAUGGGGAAAAGACCCAGUCACUGUAGGAACGUAUACUAUUGUUGGGUUAUUUGUAGGCCAGUUAGUAGUAUGUGUUAUUCUUCUUCAUUAGUGAGGUUGAUUCUCUUGGUUCGUGCUUGCUUAGUUGCUUGGUCUCUCUAUUUCUUUCCCCCUUCACGGUCUAUUCUUAACUUCCAUCUUUAAUACUAGCAUAGUAUAGGGCCCGGGCAAAGAAUUUUGUUGAGUAAUAAUGUAAUAUGGGUAUAUAAUAAUAAAUAUAAUAAAUGAUUUGAAAUGCA